UCUUCACUUUCAGCCUCAGCAGGAAUCCAGUGAUCAGCAUGGGGGAUGAUUCACAUCCAGAAGAAAUUCCUGGAGUUAGAGAAGCACUGGAAAACAACAACAAUGCUGCAGCAGCUGCACUGAUUCAACAACAUUUAGAACAACAAAAUAAUAUUCCACUAGAUAUCGUCAUCACAGGAGAAUCUGGUUCUGGUAAAUCCAGCUUUGUUAAUGCCCUCAGAGGGCUGUCCAAUGAUGACGAGGGAGCUGCUCCCACUGGUGUUACAGAAACAACCUUAGAGCCUGCACCGUACCCCCAUCCAGACUAUCCCAAUGUUACUUUAUGGGAUCUUCCUGGAAUCGGCACCACCAAGUUUCCAGCUGAUAAGUAUCUGAAACUUGUUGGAUUUGAGAAGUUUGACUUCUUCAUCAUCAUCUCAGACACUCGCUUCAGAGAAAAUGACGUGAAACUCGCAAAGGGGAUUCAGAGGAUGAAGAAAAAGUUCUACUUUGUUCGCUCAAAGGUUGACAACGAUAUAAGAGGAGAGAGGGGACAGAGAGACUUCAGUGCAGAGAGGACUCUUACAAAAAUCAGAGACGACUGUGUUCACAGACUCAGAAGAUUAGGCAUCGAGUCUCCGCAGGUCUUCCUGGUGUCCAGCUUUGAGCUCCACCUGUAUGACUUCUCUCUUUUGCAGCAGGCCUUACAGAGAGACCUUCCUAAAAACAAGAGAGAUGCUCUGCUGUUUGUCAUGCCCAACUUCAACCCAGAGAUCAUCAUCAAGAAGAAAAAAACUCUGAAGUCCAAAAUAAAAUACUACGCUCUUGGAUCUGCAGCUGGAGCAGCUGUUCCACUUCCUGGUCUUUCUAUUGCUGUUGAUGCUGCUUUGCUGGUUGGUGCUGUCACACAUUUUGUUCAUGCGUUUGGUCUCGAUAUGCCGUCUCUGAAGAGACUUUCUGCCAGAACAGGUGUGCCAUACACUGAUCUGUGUGCUGUUAUCAUUUCACAACUGGCUGCAGUAGAAAUAACUGGAGAGCUCCUACUGAAGGUUGUGACCCAACUUGGGUCUGUAGCUGCAUUAAUUGCAGCAGAGGAAGCAUCCAGAUUAAUUCCAUUUAUUGGAAUCCCAGUAUCAAUGGGUCUCUCUUUCACCACAACCUACAAAAUUCUGAAUUUGAUCCUAACAGGACUCGCUGAAGAUGCUCAGAAGGUGUUUGAAAAAGCUUUAGUCUGAACACAUCAGUGUGAAACUGAACAUUAAAGAUGAUGAAACUUAAAAGCAUACAAAUUAAAUUAGUUUAAAUCAGGGGCAGAUCUACAAGGGUGGCAUGUGCCACCAUAAAACGAUCACUUGCCACCCCAGUUUUGUAUAUAACAGUGUUGUUUAUUAAAAUAAGAUUACAAAUUAAAUAUAAAUUCUAAAACUGAAUAUAUUUCAUAGUGUUACCCCCUUCAACCUUAAACAAAUGGUUCAGGCCAUGGCCCGAUUUAAGCUGACAGAGCAACAAGCUGCAGCCACACUGAGUCUGUGUUGGAAGUUUGGACUUCAGAAUGCACACCAAUUUUUUACAUUUUAAUGACAGGCCACUAACUCCAGAGUUAUGAUAAAAAAAAUAUAUAAGCAAUGUUUUUUUCUGA